UUUGUAUAUAUGUAUCUCUGUAAGAGAAAAGAUUGGACCCUCUUUGUUUUUCUGUUCAGCCAUAAAAGAAGCUUUUGACGAGAAAGUUUCCAUUCUACUUUCUCUCUCUCAUCUUUUCUUCUCAAACACCUCAAAGCAAAUAGAAAACCUCACAAAAAGAAACGAGAGACUUGAGAAGGAGACAGAAGUAGAAGAGAAGAUCAAGAAAGAGGAAGAUAUCACCAACCAGGAAGAUGGCUACAAAUCAUAACCAUAGUCAUCAUCUUUCUUAUUCACUUCUUCAUGGUCUCAGCAACAAUCCUCCACCUCCUGGAUUCAUUAACCAAGAUGGAUCCUCCAGCUUCGACUUCGGAGAGCUAGAAGAAGCAAUUGUUCUGCAAGGUGUUAAGUAUAGGAACGACGAAACUAAGCCACCUUUAUUUGCAGGAGGAGGAGGAGGAGCUACGACUCUGGAGAUGUUCCCUUCAUGGCCAAUCAGAACUCACCAAACUCUUCCUACUGAGGAGAGUUCCAAGUCCGAAGGAGAAAGCACCGAUUCAGGAUCAGCAAAUUUCUCAAGCAAAGCAGAAAGUCAACAGCCGGAGUCUCCGAUGAGUAACAAACAGAAUCAUCAACUCAUGCUUCAGCAUCAACGUAAUAACAACAUGGCAAACUCAGCUUCAACAUCUGGACUUCCCUCUACUUCUCGAACUCCAGGUCCUCCAAAAUCUACUGAGGAUAAGAGGAAGGCUACGACUUCAGGCAAACUUCUUGAUGCUAAGACAUUGAGGCGUUUGGCCCAAAAUAGAGAAGCUGCUCGCAAAAGCCGUCUUAGGAAAAAGGCUUACGUGCAACAGCUAGAAUCAAGUAGGAUAAAACUUUCCCAGUUAGAGCAAGAACUCCAGCGAGCUCGAUCUCAGGGGAUGUUUAUGGGUGGCUGUGGUCCACCUGGACCUAACAUCACUUCCGGAGCUGCAAUGUUUGACAUGGAAUAUGAGAGGUGGCUAGAGGAAGAUAACCGUCACAUGUCGGAGAUUCGAACCGGUCUUCAGGCUCACUUAUCUGACAAUGAUUUAAGGUUGAUCGUUGACGGUUACAUAGCUCACUUUGAUGAGGUUUUGCGAUUAAAAGCUGUGGCUGCUAAAGCUGACGUUUUCCACCUCAUCAUCGGUACAUGGAUGUCCCCUGCCGAACGCUGUUUUAUCUGGAUGGCCGGUUUCCGUCCAUCUGACCUCAUCAAGAUAUUGGUGUCGCAAAUGGAUCUAUUGACGGAGCAACAACUGAUGGGAAUAUAUAGCCUACAACACUCAUCGCAACAAGCGGAGGAGGCUCUCUCGCAAGGCCUCGAACAACUUCAGCAAUCUCUUAUCGAUACUCUCGCCGCCUCUCCCGUCAUGGACGGUAUGCAACAAAUGGCUGUCGCUCUCGGAAAAAUCUCCAAUCUAGAAGGCUUUAUCCGCCAGGCUGAUAACUUGAGGCAGCAGACUGUUCACCAGCUGCGUCGGAUUUUGACGGUUCGACAAGCUGCGCGUUGUUUUCUAGUCAUCGGGGAAUACUAUGGACGGCUCAGAGCUCUUAGCUCUCUUUGGUUGUCUCGACCACGAGAGACGCUGAUAAGUGAUGAAACAUCUUGCCAAACGACGACGGACUUGCAGAUGGUUCAGUCAUCGCGGAACCACUUCUCCAAUUUCUAAAUCGAAAUGGAAUCUUUAUGACUAAAUGGGGCCAAGUUCCUUUGUCUUAGCUUCACUCUUCGCCCACUCUGUUUCCUUUAUGUUGUACUAGACAUGUUAGGAUCUUCCUUCACCUCCUUUUUAUGAAACUAUAGUCUUAUGAUAUGAAAUUAACGUACCACGUAAAUCAAAUCAACUUAUGUGCCAAAUGAAAAUGAGUAAAAAGAAAAACAUCUCGAUGCUUUCGACACAUUCA